AUGAGAGCUCAAAGUGUAGUCAGCGCAGCUGGUACUUCAGCACUCUUGCUGGCUGUUUCGGCCGCUGCUGAACAAGCUGUAUUUCAUCCUACAUCCCUCAACGCUCCCUUCGUAGAACAGUUCAGCGAUGCAAUCUCAGACUCUCGAUGGGUGAUUUCUAGAGCCACAAAACAAACUCCUGUAGGGGAUGAAACUUUCUCGUAUGUUGGACAAUGGGAAGUUGAGGAACCAGAGGUUUACCCUGGUAUUCCAGGAGAUAAAGGUCUUGUUCUGAAGACCAAGGCUGCUCAUCAUGCUAUUUCCACAUUAUUCCCCGAACCCAUUGAUCCUAAGGGUAAACCUUUGGUAGUUCAAUAUGAAGUCAAACUUCAAAAAGGACUCGAAUGUGGUGGUGCUUAUAUCAAACUGCUCACUGAAGGCGAAGGAGGUUUCAGUGCUGGAGAAGAUUACACUGAUAAGACACCAUUUACAAUCAUGUUCGGUCCCGACAAAUGUGGAUCAACAAAUAAAGUCCACUUUAUCUUCAGACACCAAAAUCCCGUUACAGGUGAAUGGGAAGAGAAACAUCUCAAAAAUCCUCCUGCACCCAAAAUCACAAAGACCACUGCUUUAUACACUUUGAUCGUCAAUCCCGAUCAAACCUUCGAAAUCCUCAUCAAUGACGAGUCGGUCAAGACCGGUAGUCUUCUCGAGGAUUUUACUCCUGCCGUCAACCCCCCUAAGGAUAUUGAUGAUCCUGAGGACUUUAAGCCUGAAUCAUGGGUGGAUGAAGCUGAAAUUGAAGAUGCUGAUGCUACCAAGCCUAAUGACUGGGACGAGGACGCACCUCUCAUGAUCACUGAUACCGCCGCUUCCAAGCCUUCAGAUUGGUAUGAAGAUGAGCCCGAGUACAUCCCCGAUCCCGAGGCUGAGAAACCAGAGGAAUGGGAUGAUGAGGAAGAUGGAGAUUGGAUUCCUCCUAUGGUCCCAAACCCUAAAUGUGAACAAGGUUCCGGCUGUGGUCCCUGGGUUCAACCCAAGGUCAAAAACCCUGACUACAAGGGCAAAUGGACCGUACCAAAAAUUCCUAACCCCGCAUACAAAGGACCCUGGGCUCCUGCUCAGAUCCCUAACCCUGCUUACUUCCAAGAUCUCCACCCAUCCGAUUUCACAAAGAUCGCUGGUAUCGGAAUUGAGCUUUGGACUAUGACUGAGGACAUACUCUUCGAUAACAUUUUCAUUGGACAUGAUGCCGCUCAAGCCAAGAAGUUCGCAGAUGAGACUUUCCACGUUAAGAAGCCUAUCGAGAGAGAGGCCGAGGGUUCAUUAGAGGAUGAGGACCUUGAUCACCCCAGCACAUUGGUUGACAAAAUUAGAUUGAAGGUUUACGAGUUCUUACAUCUUGCCGGUCUCGAUUUCGCUUCAGCUGUUAAACAAAUGCCUGAAGUAGCUGCCGGUCUUGCCGCUGCCGCUUUCACUGUCCUUGGUAUGCUCCUUGCUUUAUUCGGUUUAAUCGGUUCAGCUCCUACCAAGGUCAAGCAAACUGCCACCAUCAAGAAGACUCAGACCAAGGCUGUCGUACCUGUCGCCCCUGCUGGAGAGGAAGAGAAGAAGGCACUCGAAGACGCCGGUGUGGAAGUCCCAAACCCCGAGGUCAGAAAAAGAGCCACUCGGUCUGCCAAGGAGUAA